CAGAUAAAAUAAAAGCCAUGUUUCAGAGGAACGAAAUUCUCGCCAGUAUGUGUAUUUUUUUUUUUUGAUAUGUUCUUUAAAUGACAUGCAAAUUGAUCACAAUAAAAAUCAUACUCUGUGUAAAACUUUUUGGUUAAAAUGGCCACUAAACACCAAAAUUUUAGGACAAUGUUGUAGGUAUAAACAUGACAAUUUUUGGCUACAAUCCUGAAAAAGUGGCCAUUUUGGUGAUAUAAGGUUUUCACCUGAGCAGAGAUUAUGUGCCAAAAGAACUUCUUUACUAUCUAUAAUGAAUUGUGUCUGAAUUUUUGUCUGUUUUCCAAAACCAGUUAGCAUUGUAGGUUUAGGUAACACGUCUCUAAGGCCCCAUUUACACUUAUCAUCACAAGUAUCUUGUGUCCGGAUAAAAUCCAGAUUAGAGCUAAUGCUUUCAUUUGAUCUCCGUUGGCCAGAUCACAAAUCUGAUUACAAUCCGUCUUGUUUUCCCCCGGCUGCAUGAACAUUAGGGUCAGCUCUACUCCGGUCCAGACAGUGGUAAUAAUGCUCCUGAGGCUGUUUGGUUAAAUCCCUCCACCUCCACCACGAAGGGCUCUUUGACGGGGAUCCGGCCGCUGUUGACGAUGACACACUCGGUGUACGGCAGGUUCCUGUCGUUGGUGUCCUGAAGCUCGAUGGUGUGAACCACAGCCUGCCGGAGGAGAUGGACGGAGGAGAGUCAGAAAUACUCAACACACAUCAACUGACAGCUCGACUCACCAUCCCGUCAAGGACUUUGCCGAAAACCACGUGUUUCCCGUCCAGCCACGGCGCUUUGGCAGCCAGGAUGAAGAACUGCGACCCGUUGGUGUCUGGACCGGCGUUCGCCAUACUCACCUGCAGCCGGCGGGCCGCAGCCAUGCUGAAGCCGGGCGACCCGAGCGGCUCGGCCUUCCUGAAGGUGGACCCGUCCUACCUGCAGCACUGGCAGCAGCUCUUCCCUCAGGCGCAGCUGAAGGCUCCUCUGGCCCCGCCGCCUCCACCUGACCGCCUCUCCAUCCCCGUGGACAGCCUGCGCCCGUCUCGCCUGCACAGCCACCUCCUGGCCUCCACGCACUGCACCUCCUCUUCUUCUUCUACAUCCUCGUCCUCAGCGUCCUCUUCGGCAGCGGCGGCUGCGGCGGCUGCAGCAGCGGCGGCGGCAGCAGCUCUCACCCCGUCCUCCUCCAUCUCCAUCUCCACCUCCGCAGGGCUCUCGCAGCUGCCCGUGCCCCAGCAGAUCGCUCUCUUCGGGCAGGCGUUGGCCCCCGUGUGCGCCGGGCCUGGAGGACCAGGAGGAGGAGGAGGACCGGGAGGAGGAGGAGGAGAUCUGGUGGUGGUGGUCCCACCGGAGAACCAGCAGAGUCACAACCCAGCGGCGGGACUCCUCCAUCAGGCCAAAGAGCAGAGCUGUGGGGGGGUGGGGGUGGUGUCGUCCAGCGUGAAGAGCGGCGGCGGAGGCGGCGAGGAGGGAGGCAAAGGAGCGACGGCGAGGUUCAAGCUGACGUCGGAGGAGCUGGACUACUACCUGUAUGGACAGCAGAGGAUGGAGAUCAUCCCGCUGAGCAACCACACAGGAGAACUCAACAACCGUUGCGACAUGUGUGCAGACAACAGGAACGGCGAGUGUCCGAUGCACGGUCCCCUUCACUCUCUGCGGCGGCUCGUCGGCACCAGCAGCACGCCGGCACCCGUCACCCUGCCGGACGUCCCUGAUUGGCUGAGAGACCUGCCCAGAGAGGUGUGUCUGUGCACCAGUACAGUUCCUGGUCUGGGUUAUGGGAUCUGUGCAGCUCAGAGGAUCCCUCAGGGAACCUGGAUCGGUCCGUUUCAGGGAGUCCCUCUGCUGGUGGACAAACAUCAGUCCGGAGCCGUCAGGAACACGCGACACCUGUGGGAGAUCUACGAUGCAGAGGGGACGUUACAGCACUUUAUCGAUGGUAAUGAUCCCAGUAAGUCCAGCUGGAUGAGGUAUAUCCGCUGUGCCAGACACUGUGGAGAGCAGAACAUGAUGGUUGUACAGUACAGGUCCUGUAUCUUCUACAGAGCGUGUAUGGAUAUCCCCAGAGGAACAGAGCUGCUGGUUUGGUACAACGACUCCUACACUUCCUUCUUCGGCAUCCCGCUGCAGUGCAUCGCUCAGGACGAAAACUUAAAUGUCCCAGCCACAGUGGUGGAGGCCAUGACCAGGCAGGAAUCCCUCCAACCCUUCAGCAAGAACGGCAAACCUUCUUCUUCUUCUUCGUCCUCCUCGUCCUCUACACCCUCCACCUCGCUCAUGCGCUCCAUGGUCUUCCCUCAUGCCGCCUGCUCUAGGAGUUUCUCUCUGUUGGACAAGGUCGGGGUCGCCGUCCAGUCGGACUCCAGUUUCAGCCAGUUGGGGUCAAAGAAUCAGCGGAUUCUGGCGAGCCCGACCUCCACCAGCCAGCUGAGCAGCGAGUUCAGUGACUGGCACCUGUGGAAGUGCGGCCAGUGCUUCAAAACCUUCACCCAGAGGAUCCUGCUGCAGAUGCACGUCUGUCCACAGAACCCUGACAGGCCGUACCAGUGUGGCCAUUGCUCGCUGUCCUUCUCUCAGCCGUCAGAGUUGAGGAAUCACGUGGUGACUCACUCCAGCGACCGACCCUUCAAAUGUGGAUACUGCGGCCGGGCGUUCGCCGGCGCCACCACGCUCAACAACCACAUCCGCACGCACACUGGAGAGAAGCCGUUCAACGAUGCCAAAGGAGGGCGCGACCAAAGCAAACAGACUGAGAAUGCACAGCAAGCAACAACACGAGCGCCUGAGGACGAUGCUCGACUUUUACAACACAAAAUGAACAACAAGGACUCUGAUGUUUGGAAAGAUGGCGGACAGCGAAGGAAACACAGAAGAGUUAAUGGACGUGAUUUCUUAUAGAAAUAUUCCAACAGUUCAUACAGAAAUGUGAUAAAUAUGUUUGAAUUCGACACAGCAUGUGUUUAAAAGUGUACUGAGGUUAAAGUCGGUUGUUUUUUUUUCCUCAUUUUCAGGUUGAACAUUUCUUACAGUGUGUUCCAUCUGCUCGCUUUUAAUUUAAAACGAGUAUAAAGACGACAUCCGAUCACCUGAGUAACAAAUGUCAUAAAAUCCAAAAGGGCAAAUCAUGUUUUGUAAAAGACGUUCUCAUCGCUCUCAUGAUAAGUGUUGUCUCAUAGAGUAUAUUUGCUACGCAAUGCAACUUUGACUCCAUUCACAAGCAAUCUCAGAUGUGUAAAUAGUCCUGUGUCAUUACGAUACACUUUGUAUUAAAACGAGUGAGGGUAAAAGCACAGUUAUCACAUAAACACCAAAUAGGUUUUUGUGCCUGAGAGUUAAAAAAGCUUUAAUUAUAAUAAUCUGAAAAACUGUAACUUCUCUUCCCAAAGACCAACAGAGUGUGGAUGUAAAUCUGCAGACAAAACCAAAAACUCAGAGAUGUUUCACUGCAAGAAAACACCUUUGUUCUAAUCACACAAACGUCUGUAAGAGUUCACAAACCACUGAGCAGCAGUCCAGUCUGUACUCAUUUAUUUAUUGUGAUUCUGAUUCUUAUUAACAAGUAGGAAACAUGCUGGUUGUCUUAUUAUUCAUCUUUAAUCAAUUUUUUGCCUACUUUUUCAAGUUAUAAAUCCGAGUCGCUGCUCCAGCAAUAAGUUAUUUUGUAAUAAAUCUGUCAGCACUUUCAAAAUUCAAUAAAUGACAGAAACGUUUCACUUAACUCGACCUUCACAUGUGGAAAUAUUUUGUACACAUCUCCUGCUUGUCAUGAAUUUCACCCAAAAUGUUCAGUUAGUAAAUUAAUUAAUGCCAGAGGUUAAAGGUAACUAGUAUGAAAACUCUUAAAGGAUAAGGCCAGUGGUUUUCUUUAUUUUUCUUACUGUCAACAAAUCUCUUCUUUCAGAGCCAAACCAAC